AUGGACCAAUUGCACACUGUUCCCAUGAAUGAAAUUUUGGACCUCGUAGGAUUCCCUGCAAUCCUAACCCUCCGCAAAGUUAGUUCAAAUCUCCGUGAUUUUAUUGAUGAUACCUGCCCCGACUUUAACUUGAAAUCCGUGGAUGUCACUUUAGAAUCCAAAAAGAUCAGUGUCAACUGGAUUCUCGCAUCUGGAAAUUUUCUUGUUUGCUACUCCCCACAUGAGAAUGGUUUCAUGGUUAGCUGCGAGAAUAAAGAGAAAAUUGUGGAGAACUCACACUAUAUUGAUGCGUUUUAUAACGACUUCUCUAUAGUAUUGAAGAAUCAGAAGACACCUUUGGAGAGAUUUCAUCUUUGUCUAAGCAGAUUUACUGAGCAACUGAAUUUUCUGGAAUUUUUCAAGAAGAAAAGUUGGAAAAUUAAAACCAAAUACUUUGAUAUGGGAUUUCACAACAGCGAGGCAAUAAACCACGUUCUCCCUUGUCUUGAUUCCGAGGUUCUGAAAGAGAUUCGAUUUUUCAACACAACUUAUAAAAAUCAAGAAUUGAAUCUAGACCAAGUAGUUAAUCUGGAACAAUUUAAUGAUGCCAAGAGGUUCAGCGUUCGAAACUUUUCAAUUUCCACCGCUAUGCUUCAUUUUUGUCAUUUCACAACAGUUAAUGCCAUGUUUUCGGAGAUCACAGCAGAAGAUAUGGAUCUCUUGAAAUUUUCCGCAAUCACUUCACCAAAAUUCGAAAAGUUUAAUAUCGAAUACGAGAUGUUUAAGGAAGAUGAUAAACUGGUAGAACUUCUUGGCAGCCCAUAUUACCCACCUAAUUCUACAGGACGGAACAAGAAACAAUGGUUUUUCAAGACUACACAUCAAACAGAUAAAGUUUUACAAAUAGUACAUCACAUUUGUUUUAACCGGUUCGAUUUUUUAUUGAUGGAUAAGUCAUCUGUACCAAGUAGAGCUUCAGUGAGGAAAUUGUCACGUUAUGAUGUUAUUUGUACUUUGCUAUGA